AUGGUGAAGUUAACCCAAGUUGAUGACGAAACUGCCACCCAGUUUGAGGCGACUGUUCCAGCUGCUACCAAGGAAACUUACAGUGACUCGGAAGUUGAUUCCGAAUCUGAUUACGAGGAUGACCUUGAUCUCGAGAACGAAACUAUAUAUGACAGAAUUGUUGCCUUGAAGGAUAUCAUUCCACCAACUCAAAGAAACCAAAUCUGCAGCACUAUUGAGGGAGGUAAGAGCUUGGUGCAUACCGCUUUGAAUAAGGGUGGUGCCUUGUUGUGGGGUGUUACUUCUUCCCUCUUGUUGUUGGGUGUUCCUUUGUCAUUGGCUAUUUUAGCCGAGACUCAAUUGCAAGAAAUGGAGAAGGAAAUGUCUUUGCAAAAAUCUGCUCAAGAAGUGUUGGCUCCAGGUUCUGAGACCGCUUUCGGAAACGAAAAGACUGCUUAG